AUGGAGUCGCAAUGGCUAUCACAGCUGACAGACAUGCGCAAGGCCAUCGCCGACCUGAAGCUCCCGACAGACCUGCCCCGCGAUUCAACCAACUACGGCAGCGAAAUUGAGCUGGACUUGGACGAUGACUACUCCUCACCGGGGACGAUAGAUGAUGUUUGGGAUAUCAUCAGCUCUGACGAAGAAACGACCGACGACCUCGGCGAUGUGGACGACUUUCGCCCUCCGCAAUUGUCCUCGUACAACCGUCUCUGGCUGGAAAGUAAAUGCCAGGAGCUCGCCUCACGCAACGCCACCAUGGAUGCCAGUGAACUCUGUCAGCAGCUAGAGGCUACCCUGGCCGCCGAUAGCGAUGACGGAGAGCUGCAGAUGUCUCUCGCGGAGAUCGUCGGCUUCGGUGACCUGGAUCUGGUCAUCGAGCUUAUCGCCCACCGAUCGGAUAUUCUGUCGAAUAAAGGACAACGGGUGGAGGCACAGACAGAUGGACUGGCAAGUGGGAAGCUUUUGACUCGUGCCGAACGGGAGGUUGCCUUGUGGCAAAGAGACUUCGAGCACAAGAACGCACCUCUGAUGGCGGCCCAGACCCGCGCAGAGCCUUCCUAUCCUCAUGUGUUCAAGUCCCUGUCCGCCGGGAACACACUUUCAGCAAAUGGCCGGAAAUACGGCCUUCCCGUCGGCAGCCAGAAAUUUGAAGAGCCCAAGUAUGUAGAAUACGAAAUUCCAGCAACCAAGGUAGGGUCCCUGGCCAAAAACCAGAAGCUCGUCGAAAUCGCCGGCCUAGAUGGCCUUUGCCGCGGAACCUUCAAAGGCUAUAAAGCCCUCAACCGCAUGCAGAGCCUUCUUUACGAGGUAGCAUACAAGACCAGCGAGAAUAUGCUCAUUUGCGCCCCGACCGGUGCUGGUAAAACCGAUGCAGCAAUGUUGACCGUUCUCAAUGCCAUUGGGAAGAAUACUGUUCCUAAUCCUUUAGACGAGCCCGAUGCUACCGAGUUCACUGUCCAUGUAGAUGACUUCAAGAUUGUCUACGUUGCUCCGAUGAAAGCUCUUGCCGCAGAAGUCACGGAGAAACUCGGCAAGCGUCUCGCCUGGCUGGGGAUCCAAGUGCGUGAGUUGACCGGUGACAUGCAAUUGACCAAGCGGGAGAUCGUGGAGACUCAAAUCAUCGUCACCACCCCUGAGAAAUGGGAUGUCGUGACUCGCAAAAGUACCGGAGACACUGAACUUGUCCAGAAGGUGCGGCUGCUCAUCAUUGAUGAGGUCCACAUGUUGCACGAUGAGCGCGGUGCCGUGAUAGAAUCGCUGGUUGCCCGAACUCAACGUCAAGUGGAGAGCACCCAGUCUCUGAUUCGCAUCGUGGGGUUGUCAGCCACCCUGCCCAACUAUGCCGACGUCGCCGAUUUUCUCAAGGUCAACAAAAUGGCCGGACUGUUCUUUUUCGAUGGGUCUUUCCGCCCUGUGCCCUUGGAACAGCACUUCAUUGGUGUCAAGGGAAGGCCUGGGUCUAAGCAGUCGCGGGAGAACAUCGACACUGUUGCCUAUGAGAAGGUACGCGACAUGCUCGAACGUGGCCACCAAGUCAUGGUAUUCGUGCACUCUCGCAAGGAUACUGUGAUGACAGCCCGCAUGCUCAAACAACUGGCCGCCGAGGAAGGAUGCGAGGAUCUAUUCAGCUGCCAUGACCAUGAAAAUUAUUCCAACGGUCUCCGGGACAUGAAGCAUGCCCGGGCGCGAGAGCUGCGAGAUCUCUUCACCAGUGGGUUUGGAACACAUCACGCUGGCAUGAGUCGAAGCGAUCGCAACCUGAUGGAGCGGAUGUUCUCCGAGGGUCUGAUCAAGGUGCUCUGCUGUACUGCCACUCUUGCUUGGGGUGUCAACCUUCCGGCAGCCGCGGUAGUCAUCAAGGGCACCCAGCUCUACAAUCCACAGGAGGGUAAAUUCGUCGACCUAAGCAUCCUUGACGUUCUGCAAAUUUUCGGUCGUGCCGGCCGUCCUCAAUUCCAGGAUACUGGUAUCGGCUUCAUUUGCACCACUUCAGACAAGGUCGACCACUAUCUAUCUGCUGUGACUGCGCAGCAACCCAUCGAGUCGCGAUUCUCGAGCCGACUUGUCGACAACCUGAACGCUGAGAUCGCGCUUGGCACUGUGACAUCUGUACCGGAAGCUGUGCAGUGGCUUGGAUAUUCAUACUUGUUCGUUCGCAUGAAGCGGGAACCCCGAAACUAUGGCAUAGAAUGGGCGGAGAUUCGUGACGAUCCCAUGCUUGUGCAGCGACGCCGCCAGUUGAUUAUCCAGGCAGCACAGACUCUGCAAAAGAGCCAGAUGAUUAUCUUCAAUGAGAAGACGGAAGAUCUCAGAGCCAAGGAUGUCGGUCGUAUUGCCAGUCAGUACUACGUCCUCCAAACCAGCGUGGAGAUCUUCAACACCAUGAUGCGGGAACAGGCUGGAGAGGCAGAUGUCCUGAAGAUGAUCAGCAUGAGUGGUGAAUUCGACAACAUCCAAUCCCGAGAUACCGAAUCCAAGGAGCUCCAGCGACUGCGCGACGACGUGGCUCAGACCGAAGUCGAGGGAGGAAACGAUUCACCCCAUGCCAAAACAAAUUUAUUGCUGCAGUCCCAUAUCUCUCGUGCCAAGCUUGAGGAUUUCGCCCUCGUGUCUGACAUGGGAUAUGUCGCCCAGAACGCCGCUCGUAUCUGUCGUGCUCUCUUCAUGGUGGCUUUGAACCGCCGGUGGGGCUACCAAUGCCAGGUGCUUUUGUCACUGUGCAAGUCAAUAGAGAAGCAGAUCUGGCCCUUCGACCACCCUUUCCACCAAUUCGACCUACCCCAACCUGUUCUCCGGUACUUGGAUGAGCGUUUACCGGCUUCAUCUAUUGAAUCCAUGAGAGAGAUGGAUGCCGCCGAGAUUGGAAGCCUUGUCCAUAACCAAAAGAUGGGCAAGACGAUCACUCGAUUGCUCGACAACUUCCCUACUCUGAGCGUGGAGACCGAGAUUGCACCUCUGAACCGCGACGUUCUUCGUAUUCGCCUGUCCAUCUAUCCCGAAUUCUCCUGGAACGAUCGUCACCACGGCGCGUCCGAGUCGUUCUGGGUCUGGGUCGAAAACUCGGAGACCUCCGAAAUCUACCACCAUGAGUACUUCAUCCUCAGCCGCAAGAAGCUAUACGACGACCACGAGCUCAACUUCACCAUUCCGUUAUCCGAUCCUCUCCCCAGCCAAAUAUACGUCCGCGUUAUUUCCGAUCGUUGGUUAGGAGCCGAAACCGUCAGCCCCGUCUCGUUCCAGCACCUCAUUCGCCCAGAUACCGAGAGUGUGUACACCGAUUUGUUGAAUCUGCAGCCGCUGUCGAUCUCGGCGCUGCAAAACCCAAUCCUGGAAGAGUUGUACGGUCAGCGAUUCCAGUUCUUCAAUCCCAUGCAGACGCAAAUCUUUCACCUUCUGUACCACACCUCGGCCAACGUUCUCCUAGGAUCCCCAACCGGUAGCGGAAAGACAGUGGCCGCCGAACUGGCCAUGUGGUGGGCCUUCCGCGACAAGCCUGGCUCGAAGGUUGUGUACAUCGCUCCGAUGAAAGCGCUGGUUCGUGAGCGUGUUCAAGACUGGCGGAAACGUCUUACUGGGCCUAUGGGAUUGAAGCUUGUCGAGUUGACGGGUGAUAAUACACCGGACACCCGGACGAUUCGUGAUGCCGACAUCAUCAUCACCACGCCAGAGAAAUGGGACGGUAUCUCACGUAGCUGGCAGACGCGUGACUAUGUUCGCAAAGUUAGUCUUGUUAUCAUUGACGAGAUUCACCUCCUGGGUGGUGACCGUGGACCCAUUCUCGAGAUCAUCGUAUCGCGAAUGAACUACAUCGCCUCUCAAUCCAAGGGAUCAGUCCGACUGAUGGGUAUGUCGACUGCGUGCGCCAACGCGACUGAUCUCGCGAACUGGCUUGGGGUCAAGGAGGGUCUAUACAACUUCCGCCAUUCUGUCCGCCCCGUCCCUCUCGAAAUCUUCAUCGACGGGUUCCCCGAACAGCGCGGCUUCUGUCCUCUCAUGCAGUCCAUGAACCGACCCACGUUCCUUGCAAUCAAAAACCACUCUCCCGAAAAACCAGUCAUUGUCUUCGUUGCCUCCCGCCGACAGACUCGAUUGACGGCUAAAGACCUAAUCAACUACUGCGGUAUGGAGGACAACCCUCGUCGGUUCGUUCGCAUGUCGGAGGAUGACUUGGAGCUGAACCUUGCCCGAGUCAAGGACGAGGCUUUGAGAGAGGCGCUUAGCUUCGGUAUCGGCUUGCACCAUGCCGGUCUGGUUGAGUCUGAUCGACAGCUGGCCGAGGAGCUGUUCGCCAACAACAAGAUCCAAAUCCUCGUUGCUACCAGUACCCUGGCCUGGGGUGUCAACUUGCCCGCGCAUCUGGUCGUUGUGAAGGGAACGCAAUUCUUCGAUGCCAAGAUCGAGGGAUACCGCGACAUGGACUUGACUGAUGUCCUGCAGAUGCUCGGUCGUGCCGGCCGUCCACAAUUCGACAAUUCGGGUAUCGCGCGUAUCUUCACCCAAGAUUCCAAGAAGGCUUUCUACAAGCACUUCCUCCACACCGGAUUUCCCGUCGAGUCGACCCUGCACAAAGUAUUGGACAACCACUUGGGCGCUGAAGUAUCGGCUGGCACAAUUGGAACCAAGCAGGACGCGCUAGAUUAUCUGACCUGGACAUUCUUCUUUCGCCGACUACACAAAAACCCAUCGUACUACGGUCUCGAGAUCUCUGUAGAGGAGCAAAACUCCAUCGCGGCACGAUCCAUUGCCGAGGAAUUCAUGAUUGAUCUGGUAGACAAGUCGCUCGAUGAUCUCGCCGAGUCCUCUUGUGUGCUUGUCGACUCGGCGACCGGCGAAGUGGACUCCACCCCCUUCGGCAAGAUCAUGAGUUAUUACUACCUGUCCCAUAAGACAAUUCGCUACCUGAUGUCGCACGCCAAACGCGAUCCCACUUUCCAGGACGUUCUUAGCUGGAUGUGCUCGGCCACCGAAUUCGACGAAUUGCCCGUACGGCACAACGAAGAUCUUAUUAAUGCUGAACUGGCUCAGAACCUCCCUCUGUCCACCGAGUCGAUGGGCGAUGUGCCCAUGUGGGAUCCACACGUCAAGGCCUUCCUGCUGCUCCAGGCGUACAUGUCGCGGAUCGACCUCCCCAUCUCUGAUUAUGUCGGUGAUCAAACCUCGGUAUUGGACCAGGGCAUCCGUAUCCUCCAGGCUUCCAUCGACGUUAUGGCUGAACUGGGAUACAUCCAGGCGUGCCAGAUGCUCAUCACACUCCUACAAUGCAUCAAGUCCGCUCGCUGGCCAGAGGAUCACCCUCUCUCCAUCCUGCCAGGUAUCCCCGUCACCAAGGCACCACUGGGCUUGCCCGCCUCCUUGGCCGGACUGUCCUCCCAACCAUCAUCCUCCUUCUCAGAACUGGCCAAGAUACACAACCUCCCCUUCAACUUCAGCAAAGCCGCCUCACAGCUCCCGAACAUCGACCUCUCGCUCGCCGGCAUGUCAGCCAAGGGUCUCUCCAUCAACGUCACACGCCGCAACAGCCCAACACACUCCGAGCACCGAAUCUACGCGCCCCGAUUCCCGAAACCACAAACGGAAGGCUACUUCCUCAUCGUCUGCAGCGCCCGACCAGACGGAACCGACGGCGAACUUCUCGGUCUCAAGCGCGUGUCCUGGCCAUCCAAGCAAACCCAAAACCAGGACAGAGGUCAAAACCGGGGCCGGGGUCGUGGUGGUGUUAGAUCCAAUCGAGGUGGAUCAGGGCAAGGAUCGAAUACUAUCAAAGAUAGACACACUGGCCCGAUCUCUACUCGGUCUCUGGUCAAGUUUCCUGCAGCAGCGCUCGCCGAGUCCUCCUCCCUUACAACUGCCGGUACUGCUCGCGUGAACGUGCGCCUCAUCAGCGACAGCUAUAUUGGCAUGCAGUGGUCGUUGGUGAAUGCGGAGGUGGAUGUGGAUACCGGUCUGCCGACGCAGAUUGUGGAGGAGCCCAGUGUGCCCGAGAAAGCAUGA